AUGCUAAUUCCCGGAUCCCAGGUACUGUCCAGCCUGCUAGGCAAUAGUGGUGACUUGGAAGUGGAUGUCUUGUGCUGACCACGUUGAGCUUGAUGUGUAUAACGUCAAGGGAUACGGAGCACUGCGGCCAUAACGAACGGUUACAAAUUGUCUUACUAACUGGGUUACGUUGUCAAACGAUGUUAUGCAUCAGUCUAGCGAUGUCUUGCAAUGCUAGUCAUUUGUCUGGGAGUAUCUAUGGGGACGCUUCUCCGAUCAUGCUGAUGAUGCUCUUACACAAGGGUUUACAUGCUAUGCGGUUUGGCGCCUUAUCAGUCUCCUAGAUCAUGCGCAUGAAUCCAGCCUGGAAAGCCACAUGAAUGAUUAUCGAGGGUUAUCCCUAUAAAAGAAAAAAAUAUGAACUGGAAAAUGGAAGGGAAG